ACGUAUCUCUAUACACCGAUAUAAUAAUAAUAAUAAUAAUAAUAAUAAUAAUAAUAAUAAUAAUAAUAAUAGUAAUAAUAAUAUUGUACUGCAUAACAGUGUGAGUGCACUACAGUUAAUCAUAAUAAUAAAUAAUAAUAAUAUUUCAUAGGCACACGUAAUAUAAUAAUAAUACAAUUGUACACAUUUGAAUGUUAUCGCCGUCACUCGUCGACUGCAGGACGUGAUUAGUAAACACAACAACAGAUUACGGAAGGACGCUCGCUCUCUCUCCUAAUAAUACACCUACAUAAUAAUAAUAUUGGCGAUCGUAUUGUUGUACAGUUCGGUUAAGUACAUUAAAAGCCAUCGUCUACGGUAUCGCUUGCGGAUGGUGCGAUAUUGCCCACGGACAUCAUCGACAAGUUGAUUGCAAUAAUAAUAUUAUAUUGUUGUUGUUGUUGUUGUUGUUGUUGUUGAAGUUGUGUCAUCUGAACCGCUGUAACGUAUACGCGCGAGCUCCAACCAACGGACUCUACGACCACCGGAGACGCAAGUCGCUAUUAUUGCAUUCAAGACAUCACCAAACACAUACCACCUGCAUACCACACGUCUUAUGUUAGCCGGAAACAUGCCGUUAUUUGGAAAAUCACAGAAAAAUCCAGUGGAGGUAGUAAAACAAAUAAAAGAAGCUGUUGUUGCAUUAGAAAAAGGAGAUAAAAAGUUAGAAAAAGCACAGGAAGAUGUUAGCAAGAACCUUUUAGUGAUAAAAAAUUUACUAUAUGGAACUGCAGAUACUGAGCCACUGUCUGAUAUUGUUGUUGCUCAGUUAGCGCAAGAAAUGUACAACAACAACUUAUUGCUGAUGUUGGUACAAAAUUUGACAAAAAUAGACUUUGAAGGCAAAAAAGAUGUUGCUCAAGUUUUUAACAAUGUUCUUCGUCGGCAAUUGGGUAGCCGAUCACCUACUGUUGAACAUAUCUGUGCAAAAUCUGAAAUUCUGUUUACUCUUAUUGCCGGGUAUGAACAUCAAGAAAUAGCUCUUAACUGUGGUACAAUGUUACGUGAAUGUGCUAGAUAUGAAGCUUUAGCAAAAAUAAUGCUGUACUCGAAAGAAUUUUUCAAUUUUUUCCGUUAUGUAGAAGUUUCAACUUUUGAUAUUGCUUCAGAUGCAUUUUCCACAUUUAAGGAAUUGCUGACUAGACACAAACCACUGUGUGCUGAAUUCCUUGAGAUCAACUAUGAUAAAGUGUUUACACAUUAUCAACAGCUACUUAACUCUGAAAAUUAUGUUACUCGUCGCCAGAGUCUCAAGUUACUUGGUGAACUAUUGUUAGACCGUCAUAAUUUCACGGUAAUGACACGUUACAUAUCAAAUCCUGACAAUUUAAAAUUGAUGAUGAAUAUGUUAAAAGAAAAAUCUAGAAAUAUCCAAUUUGAAGCUUUUCAUGUUUUUAAGGUGUUUGUUGCAAAUCCUAAUAAACCCAAGCCUAUUCUCGACAUUUUGCUUCGUAACCAAGACAAGCUGGUUGAAUUCUUGACAAGAUUUCAUACUGAACGAUCUGAAGAUGAACAGUUCAAUGAUGAAAAGGCAUAUCUGAUCAAACAAAUUAAAGAGCUCAAACCCACAACUAGUGAUCAAUGAUUUAGGGUGUAUGCAACUCGAAACUAUGACUAUUCGGGUUGUUGAUAAUUAUUUUACUUGUCAUCAUUUUAUUUUAAGUUAUAGAUUAUAUUUAGGGGUAAUAACACAUUUAUAUAAUUUGGUUUUCGAAGAGGCAUUUCAAAUUUUUACGCUUAACAAAUAAACAUAAUUUAUUUAUUUGUUGUUUUAAAAAUGCCUCAAUGUUAAAAAAAUUUAAUUAUACUUGUUUGCAUAAUAGGAAUUAUAACAUCUGAGAGUGGAAUGUAGGUGCAAUCUAAUUGUAUUCAUUUGUUAUAUUUUGUAAUUUCUAUUAGUAAACACAUACAGACUAUCUACAAUAUACAUACAUGUGUGUAUGAGUAUAA